AUUAUACGGUUGCAGUGUUCAGGAAGAAAAGUAAAAGGCGGCAAGUUUCCAAAAUAAAAUCUCGGUUUUCGACUAAGAACACUUCGUUCUUGCUCUGCGCUACACCUCCUGCGUUGGAUUUCUGUUCUUCUCUCGAUCUUCUGGCGAGGCGUCGUGCGUCCCGCAUCUUGUUGAUGAGUUUAGGGUUCGGAAUCGCUAACCAACAUUCCCAGGAUUUCGAAUGACUCCGGAUCUGCUUUCCUUUGACAUAGAGCAUUUUGGCUUGAAGAUCCUGUUGCCGCACAUCUUUAAAGCAACUUUAAGGAAAAUAGUAUGACCAUGAAACCUUCCAACCAUCGAAAAGCAACAACCACUUCAGGUACAAAAGAUGGUCUUGGUUGCAACAACUCGGAUAGCAUCAAGGUCAGGAAGCAGAAACGAAAAAUAACAGGGAAUAGCAGUUUUGAGUUAGGUGGACAACUUCUCAAUUCUAUUCAGAUGAAUCAUAUGGGUAAUAAAGGUCAACAAACUAAUUUUGUGGAAACUCUAUCAGAAGAUUUGGAAUCUCUACAAAGAAAACAUCAGGAUUCUUAUGGAAAAGUGAAACUUCAACUCUUCCCAAUAGAUGAAGAAACUAAGAAAAUGUUAGAACAGGGUAAUCUCAAUCCGUACCUAGAAUUGACUUUAACAACUAGGAAGAAAAUAUCAUCAGUUGUGAAACAUCUCAACAAUAAGUGGGGCAGCUCAAAAUUUGCAUCAGGAAAGCUUAUGCUUUUUCCAAAUAAUGUUUGCCUGGAUAAUCUAUCUGACAGUAGUAAAUGGACUUUGGAAGAUUCAAAUCUCACUGCUGCUGAUGUACAUGCUUCCCUUGGUAGCCCUGCAGUCUUUCGUUUGAGAUAUGGAUGGUUCAAUGUUGACCAGACAAAACAGUUGGCAUCUGUGGCACUUGCUGGUUAUGACAUCUUAAGAAAGAACAAUUAUUUUGACGAGGAAAACAAUGAUAAGGUUUGUUCUGUAUCAGGCAAAGAGCAUGGACAAUGUCAUACAGACAAUUCAGUAAAUCCCACCAUCCAGGCACCAAUGUCAGAAAAAGUAAUCCAGAAUGUGGGUGACCAGAAUAAUGUGAAAGCCAUCAAUACAUCAUUGAUUGAUUGUCUAUCCGGCAUGAGCUUUGGAGCCAUAUUUUCUGAAGUUUCAGAUGCUCCUGUCAAUCUUGAUCCAUUAGACACUCAGAAUUUAACUCUUCCUCAAAUUCCCUUAACUUGUGAUUCCUUUGAUGCUGCCAUAUCUGCAUUUAUGCAUGGACAUCAAUACAGUCAUCCAUCAUACCGGAUCGCCCCUCCUUCCAUCUUGGAAGCUGAAGAAACAUGCCAUCCAUUUCCUUUCCCAAAGGCUGCUCCCUCAAGUCAGGACAUUCCAAUUUCACCCCCACUUGUUUCUCCCACAAUGGGAUGUACCAAUAUGCUAGAUUCACCGGUGAAGCAGGUAUCCUUGGCUGAUAAUUGUCCUGCACCAGCCACUAGUCCUCAGCUGCAUGAUGCAACUGUUGCUUGUGUCAAACCCAAAUCUGUUUUGCAGCGCCAUUCCCAGGACAGGCUUGCUGAAGACCUAAAUGCACACGCAGAGUUUCAAGCAGAAGUUCAACUUAAUGAAAGCAACCAAUUUGGCGGAAUGAACCUUAUCUCGACGGAUUCAUUGGGUCCAUUAGAGAUUGUUGCAGCAUGCCCUAAAGAGAGGAAUGAUGGUGAAACUGAUCAAAUCAUUGGUCUUGGUGGACUGAUUGCAAGCAGCAUGGAUGCAUUUCAGAACUUUUCGAUUGUUUGAAACGGAGAUAAACUCUAGCUCUACACUCUUGGAACUACAAAAGCAUAAGCAUUCAAGCUCUGUGGAACUGCCUAAAAUAUGGGAUCAUCUGCUGAAUGAAGUGGAGAGUGUUCUGGAUUAGGAAUAUGAACCAUCCACACAAGACGCCUCGUUCCGUAGGUUUAAAUGACUAAUUGUUCAUAGAACUAAACUAUCACUUUAAUCCUUGUUCUACUUUCGUAAGUAUAAUUUCUAGUUGCAACUCUCUGUAUUCUGCUUUUGUGUAUAUUUUGUUAAUACCAAGUCCUUUAAGAUUUUUUUUUUUUUGAAAAAUAUUGGGCAACGUC